AAGCGCCUCUGGAGUAAGCGGUUCUAGCCCACGCCUGCUUUGCUCACGUGACUCUUCCGCCUGAAGGAAAGGGGCAGCGGAAGUCAAGGUCACGUGGGAAUUCCCUUCACCUUGUGGAAGUACCACCUGCGCUACCUCCUGGUCCUCUCCGUGUCCAGCGACAGCGGCCUUAGCUAUGUUUGCCGUGAGGUCCGCGGUGGCCUCCAGGCCGCUUUUCCCCGGCUGUCUGCCCUGGCUGAGGUCCGGCGGGCAGCAGCUUCCUCCCCUCGCCGCCUUUCACGGCUCCGCGCGGCGUCCCGGGGCCAAAGUAGCAGUCAUUUUGUCUGGAAGUGGUGUUUAUGAUGGCACAGAAAUUCACGAGGCCUCAGCGAUAUUAGUUCACUUGAGUCGUGAAGGUGCUGAAGUUAAGAUGUAUGCACCUAAUGUUUCUCAGUUGCAUGUUAUUGAUCAUACCAAUGGACAACCCACAGAGAAUGAAAAACGGAAUGUUUUGGUAGAAUCAGCAAGGAUUGCUCGAGGCAAGAUUACUGACUUAUCAAAACUUAAUUCAAAGGACUAUGAUGCUGUUAUCUUUCCUGGGGGAUUUGGAGCUGCCAAAAACCUGUGUACAUUUGCAGUUGAUGGAAAGGAUUGUAAAGUCAAUAAAGAUGUUGAACGAGUCCUAAACCAGUUCCAUAAAGAAGGGAAACCAAUUGGCUUGUGCUGCAUUUCACCAGUUCUUGCAGCCAAAGUACUUCAGGGUACAGAAGUGACGAUAGGACAUGAACAAGAAGAAGAUGGGAAAUGGCCUUAUUGUGGGACUGCAGAAGCCAUUAAAGCCUUAGGAGCAAAGCACUGUGUGAAAGAAGUAACUGAAGCUCAUGUGGACACCAAGAACAAGGUAGUCACAACUCCAGCCUUUAUGUGUGAAACAGCAUUGCACCAUAUUUUUGAUGGGAUUGGAGUGAUGGUACGGAAUGUGUUGAAACUAACUAAAAAAUAAGAACCUAGAUUCUCAGUAGCAACAAAAGGAAGCCUGGUAACCUAUAUAUUUUUUCUUGCUUGUUCAUAAAGGUCUGACCAGAUAGGCCAAAAGACUGUCUUUUUUCCUCUUCUGACUCUGUGAUGAGAAUUUUUUUUUUUACUGUUUCCUAAGGAGAGGACUUUUUAAGAUGCUAAUUUAGAGAUGAGACAUUUCAUGCAACGUUUCUUUUGAUUCUCUUGUUAGAGAAGGAAGGAUUCCCAAAAUUGAGAGUGAUAAUUGUAAUGUGGUUUUUUUGGGGGGGGCGGGGGUGAGGCAGUUGGGGUUAAGUGACUUGCCUGGGGUCACACAGCUAGUAAGUGUCAAAUGUCUGAGGUUGGAUUUGAACUCAGGUCCUCCUGACUCCAGGGCCACUGCUCUAUCUACUGCGGCCACCUACCUGCCCCUUGUAAUGUGUUUUUUACAACAUACCUCUUAAACUAAAACUCAGACCAGCUUUUUCUGGAUGGCAGUCGAAUAGAAAUAAUAUUUUCCAAUCCUAAAUUGAAUCUAUUAUAUUACAUUUUAUUAUUUGGAAGUAGAGGGAUAUAAUGUUUAGCUUCUCAUCUUUCAAAUAUAAAUAUAAAUGGAACCAGUAAAAUAAAAGAAUUAAAAACUUUGUGUUUGUGGUUUUGUACUGAUGUAUAUGAUACUGUAGCACAAAAUUCCUUUAACCAGAAUGUUUUUAAUUCCUCAGUGAAAGCACAUUUUAACAACUUUGGGCCUUCUGAUACAGUGAUAAAUAUGGUACCCAGAGUGUGUUCUUUUAAGUGAGUCUCAAUUCUUCAUUGUAGAUAUUACCCCAUACUCAGGAAGAAGAAAGGGAAAUUGCAGGUCUUUAAAUCUUUUCUACCAGCUUCCUAACCUUGUUAAGAUUUCCUGACAGUCAUUGUACAGUUGGCUCAGAUCUCCAAACAUGUAAAAACAAAAUAAAAUUUACUGAUGCAAUUA